GGUGGAGGGCGUCGCUCCCCGGCUGACGCGUCGCAUCGACCCCACGGGCUGCGCUCUCCCGUGGGCAUUUCCACACCAGCGACAGCCCAGCCGAUGCUGGCUCGAUCCCAGCUGCCGAACCUCCUACCCCGUCUCUGCUCCCUCCGCCCCAGCCUCGCCAUGAGCAGCGUUACCGGCACCUUCACCAGCACCCAGCCCCUCAACUACCGGGCGGGCGCCCGCGUUCAGCCCGUGGACGGCGGCCAGGCCGAGGAGGUGUAUGAGCCGGCCACAGGUCGUGUGAUCUGCAAGCUGCUGAGCUCUGGGGAGAAGGAGGUGGACCUGGCUGUGCAGAGUGCAAAGGCUGCCUUUAAAAUAUGGAGCCAGAUGUCUGGCAUGGAGCGCAGCAGGGUGCUGCUGGAGGCUGCCAGGAUCAUCCGGGAGCAGAGAGAUGAAAUUGCCACCUUGGAAACCAUCAACAAUGGGAAAUCCAUCUUUGAAGCCAGAGUGGACAUCGACAUAUCCUGGCAGUGCCUGGAGUACUACGCAGGACUGGCAGGAUCUCUGGCUGGUGAACACAUCCAGCUUCCUGGGGGAUCCUUUGGGUACACUCGGAGAGAGCCUCUUGGGGUGUGUGCUGGGAUAGGAGCCUGGAAUUACCCUUUCCAGACUGCCUGCUGGAAGUGUGCCCCGGCCUUGGCUUGCGGCAAUGCCAUGGUCUUCAAGCCUUCUCCCUUCACCCCUCUUACAGUGGUGAGGUUGGCAGAGAUCUUCACAGAGGCUGGUGUGCCCAAAGGGCUCUUCAAUGUGGUGCAGGGUGGAGCAGCCACAGGCCAGUUGCUCUGUCAUCACCCAGAUGUGGCCAAAAUCUCUUUCACUGGCAGUGUGCCAACUGGCAGCAAGAUCAUGGAGAUGGCAGCCAAAGGGAUCAAACCAGUCACCCUGGAGCUGGGGGGCAAAUCCCCCCUGAUCAUCUUUUCAGACUGUGACAUGGAGAAUGCCAUAAAUGGAGCCCUCAUGGCCAACUUCCUUACACAGGGCGAGGUGUGCUGCAAUGGCACGAGGGUGUUUGUGGAGAGGAAGAUCCUGGAUGCCUUCACAAAGGAGGUGGUGAAACGCACUCAGAAGAUUAAAAUUGGAGACCCUCUCCUGGAAGACACACGGAUGGGAGCCCUCAUCAACCGGCCCCACCUGGAUCGUGUCCAGGGCUUUAUCAAGCAGGCGAAGGAGCAGGGAGCAGAGAUUCUGUGUGGUGGGGACCUGUAUGUGCCAGAUGACCCAAAGCUGAAGAAUGGCUACUACAUGCGACCCUGCGUGUUGGGGAAAUGCAAGGAUGACAUGACAUGUGUGAAGGAAGAGAUCUUUGGGCCUGUCAUGUCCAUUCUGCCAUUUGACACUGAGGAGGAGGUCCUGGAGAGAGCCAACAACACCAAAUUUGGCCUGGCAGGUGGUGUCUUCACCAGGGAUAUCCAGAAGGCUCACAGGGUAGUGGCUGCUCUCAAGGCUGGGAUGUGCUUCAUUAACAACUACAAUGUCAGCCCUGUGGAGCUGCCUUUUGGAGGAUACAAGCAAUCAGGGUUUGGCAGAGAGAACGGGCGGGCAGCCAUGGAGCACUACACACAGCUGAAGACUGUCUGCGUGGAGAUGGGCAAUGUGGAGUCUGUGUUUUAGUGGCUCUGGGUCUCACUCAAGGGAGCAUCAGCCAGUCCCUGCCUGUCAGCCAGAGGUGUGGAUCAUUUACACAGCAAUAAAGUGCUCUAAAAUUGUAAGUGCCUGGGGGAAAACGGUGCUGGAGCAGCAUUUAGCCACCCUGCUCCUGCCAGGGGAAAUGUGCACAAAGGGCUUGGGCUGUGGGCCUGCUCUGUCCUGUCUGGAAGAAGGUGGAAACCUUGGUGUCAGAGGCAGCAGCAUGGCUCUCAGCAGCAGCUUAUACAGCUAUGUAGGUCUUAAUAGGGGCUUGUUAGUGGCAGAGGCCUGGCCCAUCUUGCUGCCUGCCUUGAACUCCACUGCCUUCCACCUUCAGUCAGCUUGGAUCAUGACUUUCUAGCAUGUAUGAGCCUACUCAGUGCACAUAGGAGCUCUUAGAACAUGGAUAUCAUGUAGCUACAAGCUCUGACUACACACAAGCCUUGAAGGUAGGAUUGUUUAUUCUUUCUAGCCCCCUUGUAAACACAACUUUUGUUUUCCCUAUCUGUGCCUCACUUCCAAGGUGGGACAAGAUACU